AGCAGCAGCAUCAUCAGCUGUAACGAGAGUGUUGUGCUGGUGGUGCUGCUGGUGUUUGUUGUUGUAGUCGUCGCUUGAAGGCUGCCGUUGGGUUGCCGUUAGCAGCCUCUUUGGUUCCAUUAACGCCGCUGUUCAUUCAAUUUCGGCACCCAACGGGUAACGCAGAGGGAGGGCAGGCGCCAGCCAUGAUUAGCAGCACGACGACGAGCGUGGUGGUGGCCCUCGGGGUGAUCGCUCUGACGACCGCGGGCGUGGUGGCUUACACACUCUGGAACGCUCGCAAGCGCAAGUCGCCUGUACUCCUCAAAGACCCGGCCAUCAAGUACCCGCUGCGUCUCGUUGACAAGGAGAUCAUCAGCCAUGACACACGACGUUUCCGCUUCGCUCUGCCAACUCCACGGCACAUUCUGGGCCUGCCCGUGGGUCAGCACAUCUACCUGUCGGCCACCAUCGACGGGAACCUGGUGGUGCGCCCAUACACGCCCGUAACGAGCGACGACAACAAGGGUUACGUUGACCUCGUCGUCAAGGUGUACCUGAAGGGUGUUCACCCCAAGUUCCCCGAGGGAGGCAAGAUGUCCCAGUACUUGGACAGCCUGCCGCUGGGUGACGCCAUCGAGUUCCGCGGGCCGAGCGGUCUGCUGGUUUAUAACGGCAAUGGUGAAUUUGCCAUCCGUCCGGACAAGAAGUCGGAGCCUAAAAUUAAAAAGGUUACCAAGGUUGGGAUGAUUGCCGGUGGCACAGGGAUCACCCCGAUGCUGCAGCUUGUUCGACAGGUGAUGAAGUCUUCUGACGACCACACCACUUGCUCGCUGAUCUUCGCUAACCAGACGGAGAAGGACAUCCUGCUUCGUGAUGAGCUGGAGGAGAUCCAGGCACGUCACCCCAACAAGUUCAAUCUGUGGUUCACGCUCGACACCGCCACGGAAGACUGGGAUUUCGGCAAGGGUUUUGUGACAGCCGAGAUGAUCCGCGACCACCUUCCCCCUCCGGCGGAUGAUGUCCUCAUCCUCAUGUGCGGCCCUCCUCCGAUGAUCCAGUUUGCCUGCUACCCGAACCUCGACAAGCUCGAGUACACGCAGGCCAUGCGCUUCUCCUACUGAGGGCCUGCGCCUGCGCUCAACCAGCCAUGGAUGGCACCGCCGUAUUAACGCUGCUCGAGCAGUUUUCAUAGGUAGCUGUGAAAAGUGAGUGAAACCAAAAAAAAAUGGUGCUUGUUUUUACGCCGAUGAAAGAAAUCCACGAUUUAAAGCUUUCGUGACUGCAGGGAUUCAUCUUCUUGGUUCUUUCGGUAAAGUCACGUAGAAGGGAAAUAAUAAAAUUAUAAAAAUAAAACAUAAUAAAAUACAAUUCUCACGACGUUUCGGCCACAACGCAAGCAGCCGUCCUCAGGUGAAGACGCUGUCUUUUCGACAGCCCUGUUCUUCACCUGAGGGGACGGCUGCUUGCGUUGUGGCCGAAACGUCGUGAGUAUUGUAUUUUAUUAUGUUUUAUUUUAUUAUUUCCCUUCUACAUGACUUUACCGAAAGAACCAAGAAGAUGAAAGAAAUCCUCAUCGUGGUUGCUCAGUGUCGCACCUAAAACAGCAGGGCCGUGUUCCAAAUUUGGAGACAUGAAAUCGAUUAAUUGCCACGACCAAUUGCCCCAAAACUGGUUGACAAAUGCACACACUCAGGCCAGUCCUAUGUUCCCCUGUUGUGCUGCACAGGGACAAGCUGCCAUUGCGGGAUCACUGAGGAUUAAAAAAAAAACUCUUCUGAUAUUUGAUUAUGUUAAGGGUGCAAUUCAAAUUGAACUUAAUUUUUGUUUCAUUAAAGUUAACUUCAUAAAGGAAAGCUCUUGCUGCCAGGAACUUUGACCAGAUGGUUUUUGUAUUCCUGGUGGAUUGCCUCCCGGGGUUUGUUUUCUUUAGUUGUGAGAUGAAGCUAAGAGCCACGUCACAGUCGGCCUUUGAAACUUGGUCACCAGCCCACCGCGCCUCCCUCGCAACGCGCCAAAAGCCGCACGCACUGCGCGAGCCUGAGGACCGACGGAACGGUCGGCGUGUUUUGCAUGCUUCCUGCACUCAUUAUAUCAGCAGCUGCCGUGCUUUUCAAAGAGCUGCCGGCAAUUAACACAAUCCUCGAGCCUUAAGAGAUGGACGUACCGACGAACCACUUGAGCGCAGUGUAUAUGGCGAUCCACCAAUUUUUCUUGGGUGGUCCCACAGCGACGCGACGUAGCAAAUUGCCGUGCAAAAAAAUUGGGACGAGAUGGCCUCCUUCACGCGUGCACCGUGACUGGGAUUUUCGUUUUUUUUAUUAGAACAGAACGCAAAAUAAGAUUAUAUAGGAACCAUUACUCAAGCGGGUGGUUGAAUGUGUCCCAUUGCUUGCAUAAGACGGUAGCCCAGAAAAGUCCAUCGGCUUCCGAGCUGCAGCCUGCCAGCUUGCAGGCUCUGAUAAUAGCGUAUUGUUUUGAAUCUACUUUUAGGCCAAAGUUUUGUUUACGUAAAUGCGGUUUACUCCAAUGCCAAGCUGAGGGUGACCAGCGCUACCGUCGAGCUGGCGAGCGUCACCCGCUUGUCACGCCCACACGGAACGCUCGGACCUCAAUCAAGACGGGGUGAAGCCGGUGCGGCUUUGUCCGAUGUGCCCGAUUUGCAUGGUAAUCGGAAACUGCCGUCGGAUAUUGCUUUGGCUCCCUUGUUAGUAGGCAUGUAACACUCUGUCCCCAUCGGCAUUCAAUGGAUUGCCGUGAUUGGAGGGGUGGGGUUCAAAAUUCAAUACCAUGAUUGAUUUUUGUUGUUGCCACUGCAGUGUGUCUAGCGCCUCUAGUGCCUGUAGAGAAUUACAUGAACCGAUCGACAUCUGGUAAUAUUGUAAUAUCACGAUUCUUGUACACGCAAUCUAUUGCACGUGUCGUUAUGUGCAAAGUAUUUAUAUUCAUCCAUCGAUGCAUUGUUACACGCCUAACUAGGUCAAGUAAUAACAUGCAAAGAAACCGUACAGUUUUAAGUUCAUCCGUCCAGCAUUCGACCAAGGUGAUUGUUUCUCCGAGCUGAAGAGAGGGUGUGUAGAUUGAAGUCGGACUUGAUAAACAAAACGGAUAAAUGUAUUCAACCUACAAUGAUUAUUAUUUUAUUCUAGAUUUGAAGUUUUCGUGACUGCAAGGAUCCAUACUCUUGGUUCUUUCGGUAAUGUCACGUAGGUAAAGAAAAUAAAAAAGAUAAAAAUAAAUAUUUUCUUUUUAUAUAUUUUUUUACAUACGUGACUUUACCGAAAGAAAAAAAGAGUGGUGAUUAUUAUACCAUAUUAAUAAUAUAUCCAUAUUAUACAACAAAAAAAUUCUGCGUUAUUUAAGUUUCAUAUUUGCUUUCAAUGUGUAUGGUUUACCCAUGUUAAGUGCGAGAUGCGCUAAAUGUAUUUUUUUGAAAAUCCGUUUAUCAAUAUUCUUAUUCUGUGCCCCACCAUCCUGGCAGGCCAUUACGUGUAAAACGCGAGCGUCUUUGACGUGUUUAAUUUGAUCGCGCUCAUUUCCGUCGUGCCUUUUAAUUAAACGUGCACUAAAUUGGCCGCCCGAGGUUAGCGAUUUAAAUGUUUUUGUUCGUCGUUCCCGAUGUUGCUUUGCUCUCCGCUGAACGUUGAGCGUUGAUAAAAGCCAAGGGGGGUGUGGUGCACUUUUCUGUAUUUCACGCGUGCUGGCAUUUGAAGUGAACCCCGUUCGCUCUAAAUAUACUCCCCAUCAAAAAGCGUUUGUCUGAUUUAAUCGCCCUCCCCCCCCCCCCUUAAUUAAUGGAGGAGUUCUCAACCUGUUAAGUGGUGGUAUUCCCCCCCCCCCCCAAUCAACACCACUGCUCCCUUCUUCCCGCUCACUCAUGGCUGCAUUGGCGUGCCGUUAGUUACUCGGGCAUAUCGAACGCCCUGAGUGGAUGUUCUCUUUGGCGUUUCCCUUCUUCGGCUGCUGCUCCACUGCUAGUCUCGACCACUGGCCUGCCAUCCCUUGUUGGCACCGUGUGGCCUGCUCAGGCCCACAUCCAAUUAAAAGCAACAACCCUUGAUGCUCGCUUUCCUCGCCAACGGCCAAUCACUAUCGUCGGUUAAAACCUAAAACCGGCUCGGAAUUCUAUCACAAUGGCGGGACUGCCUGCACACAACUAUCGCGUGUGGAAUCUUCCUCUGAUGAACUCCACGUGGCUGAAAUCACUUGUGUGCAGGAUGUAGUGACCCAUCCAUUGACCUUCAUUCGUUCUGCACGGUAUCCAUGCUGCAGCCUGUGCCCCCGGGUUGAAAACCGUUGCUUUAAUACAUGCUACUUGUGUUGUGGGGCGCGAUGCGAGUAAUGUUGAAUUGUGAUAAUAGCCAGUGGAGUAGUUGUACUGCUUUGUGUGUUUUUUGUUUCUCACAACAUUAAAAGCCAAAGAAAUUGUG